AUGUCGUCAUCAUCAAAUUCGACUGUUUGGCUUAACUAUAUGAAUGUGCAGGUAAAUCGCUAUUUACCAUUACCAUUUCUCAUACUCGGUACAAUUGGUGUGAUUUUAAAUAUGAUAAUAUUUACUCGUCGAGGUCUUUUCAUCAAUUCAUGUACACAUUAUCUCUUGGGAAAUACGGUGGCCAACUUUGUUAUACUCUAUUGGGUUGUUUUCACACGAAUUCUUUCCGAUGGCUAUAAAAUUGAUCCAAGUACUACAUCGGACACAUUUUGUAAAGUGAGAUACUUUUUUACAUAUGUUCCACGAACACUAUCAACGUGGUUCAUCUUAUUGGCCUGUAUUGAUCGAUGGGCAUCGAGCAUAAAAGUACAGCGACGCUUUAACAGUGUGCCAUUCGCUCGUAUAGUCAUUGUAAUAGCCACCAUCAUAUGCAGCGUGUCAUUUUCUAAUGUGCUGGUUUACUUUGGCAUUCAAAAAAGUUCUACUUCAACAACAUGCUAUGCACAACCUGGACCUUAUCGUAUCUUUUCCGAUCUUCAAUAUCUUAUCUUUUAUGCGUUGGGACCAGCUCUAAUUAUGUUAGCCUUUGGUUUGGCAACUCUUCGCAACCUUCGACGAACUCGUCGUCAGGUGUUACCGACUGGUGUACAACCGACCAAGAACACUACACGACGCGACGGUCAAUUGUUAGCAAUGCUUCUCAUGCAAGUGGCAUUGAUCAUUGUCUUCACAGGUCCAUUUGCCGGUCAAAAAUUAUAUGACACAUUUACGUUAAAUGUAAAAAAAUCCCCUCUGCGAACUGCACAAGACAAUUUAAGCGGAGCCAUUGUACGUAUCCUAUCUUAUGGUUCACAUGCGUUUGGCUUUUUUGUGUACACUCUUUCGGCGCGUAUCUUUCGAAAAGAGUUACUCAGAACAGUGAAUAGUGUAUAUCGACGAAUUAUGGGUCGAAAUCUUAAUGCAACAAUAGCAUCAACCAUGCUUAUGACGCAUAUGUACACUAUGGAGAUGAUGAAUAUUCAUUAA